AUGAUUAUAGACCCAGAUUCACGCGCACGGUAUGACACUCCCCAAGAGGAGGAUGAUCAGCCAGUGCAUGCCAGAACAUCGUUUAAGCUAGAAAUGGAAGACCUUAUAAGAAAUUCACUGCCCACGCUCCUAACGUUCCUGUUGCAAAGUUCGCUUUUAUUAAUAAUCCCCAUUUAUUUUGCUGGAAAGCAGGGGAAGGAUGUGUUGUCCGCAUCAUCCAUGGCCAUCACCCUAUUCUACAUCACAGGACCAGCACUCGUUUUUGGAUUCUGUACCGCAGAAGAUACACUGUGCUCCACUGCAUUUGGGGCAAAAAGCUACACCAAAGUCGGUCUCUAUUACCAGAGAUGCAUGUUGAUUUUGCAUAUGAUGUUCAUUCCGAUUGCAUUGCUGUGGAUCAACUCCGGCCCCCUGCUCCGGGUAUUUUCGCCGGAGCUUGCAGACAUGUGUGUCCCAAUUUUGCGGCUCAUGGUGCUCGCAAUUCCGGCUCUCAUCGUGUUUGAGUGCUCCAAGCGGUACUUGCUAUCCCAGAACAAGUUCAGAGCACCGACCAUGGUGCUGCUUGGAGCACUGCCUUUCAGUUUGAUAUUCAAUACGGCGUUUAAGACAUUCUACUUGGGACCGGCAUUGUCGUUGGUGCUAACGUACUGGACCGUUUGCAUGUUGGUAGUCACGUACAUAUACUUUGACGACCAUCAGUGCUGGAACAGCGACUUGCGUCCUUCAGUCUUGUUACAGGAUUGGGGCCAGUUCUCUAUUGGCCUGUCAGGAAUCGUUAUGGUUUGUGCUGAAAGUUUCUCCUUCAGAGUUAUCACGCUUUUAUCUGCCAAAUUCGGUAGUGUAGAGCUGGCCUCGCAAACUGUGGUGACCACCAUCUCCAUGUUUCUCUUCCAAUUCCCGUUUUCCUUUGGUAUUUGCUCGUCCGUUAGGCUUGCUAAUUAUAUUGGAGCACGCUCUCAUAACUGCGUGACAGUGAUGAGAGUUGCCACAGUGGCAACUGCUGUCAUUGGACUGAUAAACUUUAGUAUCAUGUUCUUCUUCCGAGGAUGGCUGCCCCAUAUUUUUACUGAUGACGAGGAGGUGAUUAAAUUUACUGCCAACUUGCUCCGUGGUGUGGCCUUCAACGAGUUCGGGGACGCCGUCAACGCCAUUUUUUCCUCCCUUUUGAGAGGCCAGGGCCGCCAAAACAUCGGCUCAGUGUUGAAUCUGACGGCCUACUACAUGAUUGCCAUUCCUCUGGAGUUGUUGUUUGGCUUCUACUUUGGGUUAGGAGUUGCUGGCUUGUGGGUCGGCUUUCUACUCGGAGAGCUUUUCCUGUCUGCAGCCGAAGUUUAUUUAAUCUGGUCUACAAACUGGGACGGGCUUAUAGAAAAAAACCAAGCCAUUGUGUAA